UUAAAUGGGUAUCGCUGUCGACUUCUGUCUGUGAGGCUGUGGUAAGCUGAAACUAACUGAGAUUGCAUCGACUACUUGCACAGACAACCUGCUAUCAUGGAGUGGAAACCAAUGGAGAUCAAUCCCGAGAUGCUGAACAAAAUGCUGAGCAAACUAGGCGUGGGGUCGAGCUGGAAAUUCGUGGACAUACUCGGGCUGGAGGAUGAUUUCCUGACCUUGGUACCAUCUCCAGCUUCCGCUGUGAUGCUGCUGUUCCCCUUAACGCAACAGCAUGAAGCAUUUCGAGAGUCGCAGGCUGUAGACAAGCCCUCUUCUGACGUCUACUUCCUGAAACAAACUGUGGUGAACUCCUGUGGCACAGUUGGUGUAAUACAUGCUAUUGCCAACAACCAGGAGAAAUUAGACUUUGACGGUGGCUCCGCCUUGAAGAAGUUUCUGCAAGCUACACGUAACAUGUCUUCUGCAGACAGAGCCAAGGAGUUGGAGAAGAACAAGGACAUCCAGGCUGCCCACGAUGAAGUAGCAGCGGACGGACAAUGCCGGGUGGAGGAAGACAAAGUGAAUUUCCAUUUCAUCACUUUUGUCAAUGUGAAUGGCCAACUGUAUGAGCUUGAUGGAAGAAUGGAGGGACCAGUGAACCACGGCCCGACUAAAGAUGGCUCAUUCAUCGUUGACGCAGCAAAGGUGUGCUGCCAGUUCAUGAAGAGGGACAGUGAUGAGGUUCGCUUCUCAGCCGUCGCCCUGUGCAAGGCCUGAACAACGCGGCUGUUGAAAAGCGGGAGGAGAAGAAGAGGAAGAAGAAAAAGGGGAAACCUUACCAAAAAACACUCCUUAAUCACAUUCAGCACUGCUGCCCAGCACUUAGACCCGAGCUUGUCCAAGCUUUCUCUGUUAAUGUUGAUAUGCUGUUCUGCUGUCUGCUGUUCGUCUUGAUCACUGUGGUCCAACUCGGAAGGCCUUUGGCCUUUUUCCUGUUGUAAAAAUACUCUUCAAUCAAAGUAACUGGAGAGAGUAAAGUAUUGCCAUGCACAAGCACCUGUGUAAUUGUUAUAGCAUUGAACUGCCAACUUGUCAAUGAUGGCCUUAGAUCAAAGCAGAUGAGCUAUUUCAGUUUGCUUGCACUUUUCUUCAUGGUGAAACAGUUAUAGCCUUCUAGACUGUUUUAUGUUGCCUUGCACUGAAAUGUCUGCCUGGAAGAUGUGAAUUAUUGAUAUGUGCUAGGCUGGUAGAGACGGGCAGGGUAGGUAGCUGGUAGAACUGAGUGUGCUUGGGAGUAUUUCAUUGUUUAAAAAAAAUCCCCAAGCCAAUAAUAUGAGACUGUGAAUGUGCACUCUUCCAGAAUAUGGCGGUUUCAAUUUGUUAUGAAUUUAUCUGUUUGUAUUUAUUUCAGUUUGCCAAAUUAGAUGUUUUCUCUUUGAAGUGAGGGGGCAAUAAAAGCACUUGUCAGCU